UAUUUUAACAGAGAUAAGGCAAUAUGUUUAAAAUUCGCAUUAACAGUUAACAUUCCUUUUAAUAUCAUUUUAAAAUGACCUCGAGCAAUAUUGUAGUAGUUGGCUCUUGCAUGAUCGAUUUUGUUAGUUAUGCUCCAAGAUUGCCAAAAGCGGGCGAGACGAUCCACGGAAGAGAAUUCGCUACGAAUUUUGGAGGGAAAGGGGCCAAUCAAUGUGUUGCAGCUGCAAAAUUAGGUGGAAAUACUGCUCUUGUUGCUAGGGUUGGAGAUGAUAUCUGGGGUCCUAAGUACAUCCAAAACUUAAAAUCGCUAAAUGUAAACACUGACCAUGUUCAAAUCACAGAAAACUCUAGUUCAGGAAUAGCCCAAAUAACUGUUUCUGAUGCAGGAGAAAACCAAAUAGUUAUAGUGGCUGGAGCUAACAAUCAUCUGAACACUAAGGAUGUAGAAGCUGCUCAAGACCUCAUUAGUAAUGCUGCUGUGUUGGUUCUACAACUAGAGACUGCACAAGAUGUUGCUAUUAGGGCUAUUCAACUUUGUAGAGGGAUUUCAAUACUAAACGGUGCCCCUGCUCUUUCAGAAUAUAAUAACCAGAUAUUGAAACUUCCCACUAUAUUUUGUGUCAAUGAGACUGAAGCUUCAAUAUUUACAGGUGGAUUGCCAGUUACUAAUGUCAGUGAGGCUGAAAAAGCUGCUCAGGACCUAAUCUGUAAAGGCUGUAAUAGUGUACUUAUAACUUUAGGUAGUCAAGGAGCACUAUUUGUAAAUAAAAACGAAAAACUAGUCGUUCCUAGUCCCUCAGUGAAAAGCGUUGACACAACAGGAGCAGGAGAUGCUUUCAUCGGAGCUCUAGCUUACCUUCUUGCCAAUGAUAAAAGUAUACCGAUGCAAGAGGCCUUGGAAAAGGCUUGUAUAGCUGCUAGUGAUAGUGUUACAAGACCUGGUACACAGAUUAGCUUUCCUGGACCUGAUGUAUUUUCAAAGACUUUGUGAGCCAAGAAAAUGGUUUAGAGCAUAUUCUACAAGUAGCAAGGAAUGAUCCUAGUCUGAGUAUCUUCCUGUUUUGGCACUAAAUGCAUGUUCAAUAGCGUAAUUUGAAUACUAUGAGUUUAUUGAAGUAUUCUUUUUUCACAGUUUUGUUCACAGUCCACAAGUAAUCAUAUUAAGUAAAAUAAAACUGCCACAAGAUUAUUUUACUUCUCAGUUUUGUUUCUGUCUUGUUUAUUUGAUAAAAUAUUACAUAUAAUGUAUCCUUAAGUAUGAAAAAUCUAUGUAAGCUGACGAAAUGAAAAUAAUUAAAAAAAAAAAAAAAGGAAUGCUCCAAAUGAACAUCUUUGAGCGCAACAAUAUUGGGUCUAUUUUUUAAUCAAUUCCGAAGUUACUUGUUGAAUAUUAAUCCUUUAUACACUUUUACAUAGUACUUAAUGUUGAUUAAUAGACAGGGUGUUUUUUAUUUUAGUUUUUAACAGUUGUUAUGUACUUAAAUAUAUGAUAUUUUUAUUGAAAAAAUGUUUUUAAUUAAAUGACUACUUUU